AUGGAAGAAACAACUUCAAAAAUUUUUGCUCAUUUGCAUCUAAUGAAAAAUUUUCUAUGUAAAAAAAUAAAAAGAACACCUCAAUUUUGUGGCAAUAUUACUAAUCAUAAUGAUACAUAUUAUUGUCCCACAAGUUAUUAUUCGAUGACUGGCGACGACGAUAUUGAUCUAUUAUCUGAAUCGGCAUUUGAAACAUUAACUAAUAUCAAAUCCGAGGAUGCAAUCUCUUCGAUCAGCGCUGAUUCAUUAGAUUCAGGCGUGUCAACAGUGAGUGACUUUUCACACUGUUCAUUAAAAUCUUCUUCAUCGCUAUCAAUAUCGUUACUUAAUCGUACAGCAACAAUGCCACAAUCGUCUCAUUUAAGGUGUGAUCCAUCAAUCAUUAAUUAUCUAUCUCAUAAUUUAUUAUCUAAUCAUCAUUUGGAAUAUUUUCUUGAUGAAAUCGAUAAUCAUGAUAUUGAUGAAUUGCCAUCGACACAAAUACCCUUAGCUGAAAGUAGUCGACGUGUAAUUUAUGAUAGUGAUCAGACCGUUGUUGCCGAUGAAGAAGAUGAACAGAUAGGACCAUUAACGUCAACGUUAGUCGAUCGUUGGCAUGCGGUGACAAAAACUUAUUCUGCUACGUUUCGUGAUGAUUUAACUGUACGAAAAAAUGAAUUAGUACAAGUUCUCCGUUGUUCACAUCCACAUUGGAUAUGGGUACGAAAUGAAAAAAGUCAAGAAGGUUUCAUACCAUGCGAUUGUCUUAUGCUUAUUGGUUAA